GAUCCCAAACCGAAUGAGCCGCCGAAGAGCAGCAAUGGACUGGGGAUUCAGGAGCUACUUUAUUGAGUCGACGGCUGCUGCUCAUCUUCUCGUUCGUUUUGCCAGAUCCCGAGCCUUUUCCCAGAAAUGCCUGUCUUUAAAGUAGUCACCGCGGUAGCGAUGAGAGCGCUGCUGGUACGCAACGUUUCCUUACUGUGCGACUGAACGACUGAGCGACUGUGCGACUGAGAGACGGAGGGACUGAGCGACUGAGCGACUGUGCGACUGUGCGACUGAGUGACCGAGCGACCCAGCGACCCAGCGACUAAAACGACCGAGCGACGGAGAUACUGCGUCAUAAGUGGGGCUGAUCGAUCACGACCAUGGCGCGAACCAGAUUCGCCUCGACCCUCCCGUCGGCCCUCCCUUCAGGCCUCUCUUGGGCCCGCCCUUCCCUGCUGCUCCGUCUCUUCGUCGCGGCGUCCCCGCUACUACCGGAGGCAUAUCUCGUGGAGGGCGAUCGCGUGGAGGGCGAUCGCGUGAAGGGCGAUCGCGUGGAGGGCGAUCGCGUGAAGGGCGAUCUCGUGGAGGGCGAUCGCGUGGAGGGCGAUCGCGUGGCACAAUUCCCCGACUGCCCGCUCACCGGGCGGCGGCGGCGACCCAAGAAAAACCCCGGGACCCCUGCGUGGGCCAUCCUCUCGCCCCUCCUUUGCCUCCUCCUGCUGCUCCUUCCCUCCGUCGCGGCGUCCCCGCUACCGUUGGGCUAUCGCGUGGAGGAGUACCCCGACUGCCCGCUCACCGGGCGGCAACCCGAAUAUAUCGCGGCUUUUCCGGCCGUCGAACCGGGCCCUGGCUCGCCGCGGAGGUGCUUCAGCGAGGACGACGACAGGACGUGCUGCGGGCCGUGCGGCGGCUGGGAGCUCGGGUUAAGAUAUGUGCAAUCAAACGUCUCCCUCGUCUUUGACGCCUUUGGCGGCCCUGCUGCUGCUGGCAUCGACCCGGCCAACCCGCCCACUGCAUGUCAAGCCCUCCAAGGCUAUCCGCUGUGCGCGCAUCUGCUCGAAAUGGUCAUGUGCGUGGCCACCUGCAACGCAGACACCGAAUUUGUUGUGAAGGAGCCGGAUGAAGGCCCUGUUCCCACCAUCAGCAUAUGCGAGGAGCUGGCCGAUAGACUCAAGGAGUCGUGCGCCGGAACUCUGUGUGACAUAUGCGAGGAGCUGGCCGAUAGACUCAAGGAGUCGUGCGCCGGAACUCUGUUCGGUCGGAUCAACACCACCAUGGAUAGCUAUGCGUUCACCACGGAGGUCGUCACAGCGAUAGGCAGGCAGCUGUUUGGCAUCCCUGGCUUCACUGCUGUCAUCUCCUUCUCAGGGGGGUGCCUCGUAGGCCCGCAAGGCCAAGAGGGCUUCCCCAACACCUUCUGCUGUGAUCCGUUCAACUUCGAUCCCUCCCAAUGCCCCGUGGCCUUCCUAUCCAACACCUUCGCCGAAACACACCCACACGAGGACCACGUCAACCACUCUACCUCCAAAAAUUUCGCCGAGACGUAUGCAGGCUACCUCAACCGUUCCAUCAACGCUACCCAAUGCAUGGCUGCUGAGCCUUAUGCGUAUGCGUCUCCCAUCUUCAUGCGUAUCCCUCCCAUCACUCCGCAUCCUCGAUUCCUCAUCUCUUCAGCCGGUUUAGGGCUCGUCACUUUAGGACUCUGCUGCUGGGUCUCCCUCCAUUAUUUUUGCAGGCAGCCCCAUUUGAGAAAACACUUUUGAGGCGUUUAAAAGCUACCGCCACCGUUCCAACUUCCAACAGUGCUACUGAAGGCCUUGUCAACAUAUAUAUUUGUAUCUGUUUAUAGGCUAGCUAGGAGCAUACCAUAGAGAGUACAACACUUAGAACAAGACUACCCUGUAUGCCCUAUGCUAGUCAACUCGCUACUUUGAG